ACCAAGUGUAAACAAAAAAGAAGUACAUUUCGAGUAAAGUGAAUGUAUAUUUGAAUAUAUCGAAGAAAAAAAGUACAAAAACUCACUGUUUUUUUUUAAUUCUCUUUUAUUUUUGAGUUAAUAUUCAUUAGUUAUUCGACACAAUGAAUAUGCAAGAAUUUUGUCGAAAGUUGCCCAAAGUGGAACUACACGCCCAUUUGAAUGGCUCUUUGAGUGUACGUACUUUGCAAAAAUUAUACACGAUGCAGCAAUCAGACGAUAAGAUUGCUAUGAGCGAUCAAACAUUUAUGGAUGGCAGAAAUUUGUCAUCUUUAAGCGAAUGUUUCAAGGUAUUCGAGAUAGCACACGCACUAACAGUUACACCACAAGCUGUAUUUGUCGCCACUUGCGAUGUAAUCAGAGAUUUUCACAAAGACAAUGUCAUCUACUUAGAAUUGAGAAGCACACCUCGUGCUGUAGAGGGAUUAAUGACGAAGAAAGAGUAUCUGGAAGCUAUGAUAAAAGCCUUGGAAGCGUCCAGAUCUGAGUCUCCUCGGAUUCUCGUGAAAUUAUUGGUAUCAAUUAAUCGGAAACAUGGUUACGAAGCUGCGAAGGAAAAUGUAAAUCUCGCGAUACAGUUUAUGAAACAAUAUCCGGAACAUAUCGUCGGUUUAGAUCUCAGUGGCGAUCCAACGGCGGAAGGUUCCUUCGUGGAAUUAUUAAAAACGGCUAAGAAAGCAGGCCUUAAAAUCGCAGCCCAUUGUGCAGAGAUACCAAACGAGAAGGAGACAAACGAUAUCUUAAAAUUUAAACCCGACCGACUGGGACAUUGUACUUGCAUUCAUCCCAGUUUGCAGGGUUCCGAGCAGUUGUUCGACACCUUACUGCAAUCCAAAAUUCCUGUUGAGUUAUGCUUGACAUCGAACAUUAAAUGUAGAACGGUAUCGUCAUACGCGGCUCAUCAUUUUCAAUAUCUGUACAAAGCUGGACAUCCUAUAACUAUCGGAACCGAUGACAAAGGUGUUUUUGACACGUGUUUGUCAAAUGAAUUGGAGAUACUGAGCUCUGUCUUUAACGUCGGGAAAGAACAGCUUAAGGAAUUAUCUGCAUUAUCUGUACGAUACAGCUUUGCAAGUACGGAAGAGAAGGAGAAAUUAACUUUGAUUAUCGAGAAUUUUUUGAUUGACAUUUAAAACUAGUAAAGCAGACCUGUUCAAAUUUCACGAGCCUAUACGCGUCGUGUCUUUUGCCGAAUGAAAAACUUAAGAACAAAAAGCUUAAGACGAUUCCGCGCGUUACGUGUGUACAUACGUGUAUGGUACACGAAUACCGCAGUAUAAUGCGAGCAAUGAGGCACAUUUACCUCUAUAGACUUUGACAGGCCUGCACCUAACUUUAGCUUAACUCGAGCUUACGAGCACGACAUUAGGAAAUAAAAAAUUGAAUCUCUUAUAGCUCAUACUUAACCGUUAAACUAAGAUACUUAUAUAUAUAUAUAUUUAUACUUAUAUAUAUAUAUAUAUUAUGCGUUAAGAUUUAUAUAUUUUUUUAAAAUACACUAUUAAACUGCACUGAUCGAGAAUAAACAGCCCCAGUCGGACACUAUCCAUAUAAAGUACUGCGGUUUUCGUUUACGUUCUUUCGCGAUAUUCGAUAACAUAAAAAAUUACCGAUAGUUAUAAUCAAACGUGUUAAAAUUGACAAUUGUUUAAUAAGUAUAAACAUACCUAUUCACUCGGUGUCACGUUUUUUAAAAUAUCGGUCGCUAACAACGUCAUAAAUCUCAUAUCGCUUUGCUACUUGUCCGUAUCAAAACAUAAAUACGGAGAGUAGUCCAUCGUACAAGCAGCUUUUGUUCUAGAUAUUAUAAAGUUGGUAAAGUUGGUAAAAGAAGGAAAAUAAAAAAAGUGAAAGAACUUGUAUUCUCGAUACACGCAAAAUAAAAAGUAGAUUAUUUUGAUUAAGUUAUUAUACCUGCUAUGUAUUACAUAUAUACGCGUGCGCGUUAAAAGCAGGCUGUAAUAACAAUUAUGAUACUAGUUGCAUAAUAAUACUAUCUUCUUAGUAAUUUUUGAGUACUAUUCAAGAUGACAGCAUAUGAUUAUGUACAAUGACCAAUUUGUUUGUAUGGUAAUUGUUUGUACAUUGACAUUCAUAUAUAAUAUGAUUGA